UUGACUAAGAUGUAUAUGGUCAAUAAUGUAAACGGGGAGCAUGUUAACGAGCUCCUUCAAGCUCAAGCACACGUCUGGAACCACAUUUUCAGCUUCAUAAAUUCCAUGUCUCUACAAUGCGCCAUUGAUUUAGGCAUCCCAGACAUCAUCCAAAACCAUGGCAAGCCGAUGACUGUUACCGAGCUGGUUGCAGCACUGCCGACGCUCAACCCUACCAAGGCACCCAACAUCUACCGGCUCAUGCGUGUUUUACUUCACUCGGGCUUCGUUGCACAACAAUACCUAGGCGACAACAACAACGGAGAAGAAGGCUAUGUUCUUACCAGCGCUUCUCGUCUCCUGCUCAAGAACAAUCCCUUGAGCAUAACGCCGUAUCUGAAACUUAUUUUGAACCCCGUUUUGAUAAAGCCUUGGUACUUUUUAGGGACCUGGUUCCAAAAUCAUGAUCAUACUGCAUUUGAUUCGGCACAUGGUGAGACAUUUUGGGAAUAUUUUAGCCAUGAACCAGAACUAUUGAAUUCGUUUAACCAAAGCAUGGCUAAUGAUACUCCAUUGGUUACUAGAGCCUUGAGUGAAAAGUGUUCGGAGUUAUUCGAGGAAUUCGAGUCGCUGGUGGAUGUUGGGGGUGGCACAGGAACCAUGGCCAAGGCCAUUGCUGAUGUAUUUCCAUACUUGAAGUGCACAGUGUUUGAUCUUCCUCAAGUGGUUACCGUCCAACAAGAUGGACGGAACUUGAAAUACGUCGGAGGGAACAUGUUUGAAUCAAUUCCAGCUGCAGAUGCAAUUCUACUAAAGUGGAUACUUCACAACUGGAGUGACGAAGAUUGCUUGAAGAUUUUGAAACGAUGUAAAGAGGCGAUUUCAGGUGGAGACAAGAAGGGUGGGAAGGUGAUUAUAAUAGACAUAGUAGUAAGGUUGAAUGAUGAAGCCUUUAAGUUGAUCGAAACGCAGCUCUUCUUCGACAUGAUGAUGAUGAUGGCGGUGAAUGGAAGAGAGAGGGAAGAAGAAGAGUGGGCUAAGCUGUUUUUCGCUGCUGGUUUUAGUGAUUAUAAAAUUACUCCUAUACUUGGUUUGAGAUCUCUCAUUGAAGUUUACCCUUAACAAUAUUACCAAAUUCUCUAAAACCAUUGUAAAAAUGGGUUCUUAUUAAAGGAGGAAAGAUUAGAGAUUGAAGUAAGAAAGAUAAA